AAAGUGUAACUUUUUCUCCCUGGGCAGAAGUGCGCAUGCGCGUUAGUGUCUACGUCUGCUCUCGCGCACCUAAAAUUCUCCGCCAUUGUUGUGCUCGGGUAAUUAGCAAUAUUGUGUUUAGUGUAAAAGUGAAAUAAACAAAAGGCAGUAAAAUUUUAUAGUGAAGUAUUAAACAAAGAUGAGUUCAUCAGACAGUUCUUAUUCAAUUGGUAGUAGUCUAUUUAAAAAUAAAAAAACAGUUAAAUUGUUCUUUUAUGUAUCAAACCCCCGCCAGUUCUACGCCCCUGGACCCCGGCUCAGUUCUCCGCGGGUGCUAAGUUUUUUACAAUGUAGAACUUUCGGUCUGGUACGAGAAAAAAUAGUAUGUGCACCGCGGGAGAAAAGUUGGACAUUUCCUCCCGCGCGUACACAAUGUACUAUUUUAUUAUGUUUUACCAAUGGGCUUAAGCCUAAAGUCGGGGAUAUACCAUCAUGAACUGUUGAAGUAGCUUCCAUGGCAUAAGACGGCAUGGAAUGAAACUGGUAGAAUUUGACAAUAUUUUUUAUUAAUUCGAAGUUGUUAGACAACGAGCCGUAAUGUGAAUACUCGGGACAUCGGCUGACUCACGAACCCUUUACACCUUACACUGAAACGAGUGUCGCUUCCCUACACAAACUUUUGUACAAAAAUACAAUAUGUGGAUUAUUAGGAACUAAUAUUAUAAAGAUAUAUACGCAAGUGUUGAAGGCGUCAACACUUGCGAAACCACACAUUAACCAUUAGUUACUACGAAACGAAUAUAUUAUAUUAUACUAGCUGACCCGGCAAACGUUGUGUUGCCUUAAAUAAGAUUUCUAGGGAAAUUCUAGUCUAAUAUAUAAAAUUCUCAAAAACCUCAUUCAACCACAUAAUAUAGUAAGCGGCACGGAAGUUGGCAAGGUUUUGGUGUAGUGGGGGUAAUGUCGCGCAUAGUGUACAUUGCAACAAAAAAAUGGUAACUUUUAUUGCCCGAAUAUAUGUUAAUUUUAUUUUAUUAAAUUUAUUAUUUGUCAUAAUUUAUUUUUAAGCCUGUGUGUUUAGAAGAAAGUUAAAGAAAAGAGAGGAAUUCGUGAAGUGUAUUAGGUGUUAUAAAUAAAUACAAUUAAAAGUUAAAAAGUUUAUUUAACAAAAUAUACUCAAUAUUAAAAAUUAUGUGCCGCCGUCGUCAAUAUCAUUUUCUAAUAGUGCUACCCCUUGGAUUACAUUUAUGGUAGGACCUGAGCUGGUGGAAGGAGUUGGCUCCUCAUCGUCGACAUAACGAAGAAUCGCUGUCGUCACUGGCGUAAAUAAUAAAACGCUCAGUGACUGAAUCGACUAUAAUUAUGGUCAUUGGUAUAAUUUGGUCCUGGCAUUGCAAACAAAUUUAAAACAAUAACACUCGUAACAAAAACUCAAUAUAAACAAAGGGCUCCUACAACUUUAGUAGGCACAUGUGUAACCGGGAGCGAACGGAACGUGAACGCGGUGCGGGAGGGGAGAGUCGACUGACUCACUAAUCGCGCGCUCGGAACGGUGCUACGUCUUUCCCCGCGUCCCGCUAGACAACCAAAGAGACCUAAAAAACGACUUCUGCGCAUCUAACGACUCUUGCCAAGUUACGUGCCGGGGACUAUACCUCACUAUAACAAAAAAAAAUAUAAAAAAAAAUUUUUUGGGGUGAACGACCCUUAUCACUUAGGGGUAUGAAAUAUAGAUAGUAGCCGAUUUUCAGACCUACUGAACAUACUAUUGAUACACAAAUAAAACCAAAGGAACAUGGCUGAAAAAUAUAUAGUGAGUAAGACAGGAGACCGGCUUCGUCCUCAUCCCUACUACGUGAUGUUUGCUGGAUGAGUGGUGACACCUGGCGGGGAUAACUGAUCGAUUGAUAGUUGAUCAGUAUGUAGUUGACCGGCGAGGGCAGGAGAUCAAAUUGAAUUAAAAAAAAAUCAUAAUUAAAGGAACUUGAAAUUAUAAACUCUGAAUAAGAAUUUAUCAUGCUACAAUUAUAAUAUUUGAUUGCCAUCUUGCAACCUUAUUGCGGAUCUGUGCAUAGAAUAAAAAAAAUAAAAAUCGGGAUGGAAAAAUAGGGGUUGAUCGUAUAAGAGUGAAAAUUGAGAGUAAUAUUAUUUUAUUAUUUUAAGUCAUGACAAAAUAAAAAAUAAAAUCUUGCCAAAAAAUUUAAAAUUUAUAAUUAACAAAUAAAAAAUAGGGGUUGAUCGUAGAGGGGUGAACAUUUCAGAGUAAUAUGAAAUUUUUUAUUCUAAGUCAUGACAAAAUAAAAACAAAAUUCUUGCAAAAAAAUUUUGUUUUUAAUUAGCAAUUAAAAAAUAAGGGUUGAUCGUAGAAGGGUGAAAAUUAAGGAUUGUAAGUAUUUUUGUAUGUUGUAUCAUAAAAAAAUAGAAAUUAAAAAUUUUGUCUAAAAAAUUAAAAAUAAAAUUUAGGGGUUGACUACCCCUAACAUUUAGGGGGAUGAAAAAUAGAUGUUGACCGAUUCUCACAGAUACCGGAUAAGCACAAAAAAUUUCAUCAAAAUCGGUCAAGCCGUUUCGGAGGAGUAUGGCAACGAAAACUGUGACACGAGAAUUUUAUAUAUUAGAUAGUGGCACACGCAGCUAGCGCACACAGGCAGCGAGGCGUGUGGCGCACGCACACAUGCAGGGAGGUCGAGAGCGGCCGCGAACAUGCCGCAUGCCGCAUGCCGCAUGCCGCUGGCUGGUACGGCAUACUGCCAAGGCUCUCCAAGCACCGGUCACCGUUCCCGUCCAAUUCGUUGAAUACGACGUGCAACCUAGCCCAUACACACAACCUACUGAGUUUCUCACUGGUUCUUCUGAGUGGAACGACCACGGCGACGACGACGUCCUGCCUGAGGGUUCGCGGGAAGGAGCGGAGCGCGGAGCUCGCGUGGCGACUGGUAGCGAGUAGUGGCGAGGCGGAACCGAUCACUGCCGAGUGCUGAUCAGUCGUGGCCGAACACGAGAGCGGCGCGCACGCACAGCACGCACGCACAGCACGCACCAUGCAGCCCGGGCUCAGACAGUACACCAGGGACGAGGUCGCCGAUAGUAAGACCGCAACGGAGACGCUCUUCAUCAUCGAUAAUAUCGUCUACGAUGUGCAUAAAUUUCUGGACGAGCAUCCCGGCGGACACGAGGUGCUCAUCAACGUCGCCGGCAAGGACGCCUCCGAGGAGUUCGAGGACGUGGGCCACAGCAUGGACGCCAGGGAACUCAUGAAGGGUUACGUGGUGGGCGAGCUCGUCGAUGCCGACAAAGUGCCCAUCAGCAAGAAGCAGUACAGCUGGGAGGACACCGCGAAGACCUCCGAGACCGAGGCCUCCUUCGUCAACUCAUGGAAGUUCCCGGUGCUGCUGGGCCUCGCGCUCACCUUGCUCUACUCAUAUAUAUUCGGAUAGCUGCCUGUUAUCGCAACACGGAACUGUCGUUGCGAGUUCAUUUCUAUACUUUGUGGUUUAUCGGAUGAUUCUAGAAUGUAGCUAGGGUUAGAAGCACUCUGAAUGCGUGUGCGGUGUGUGGUGUGACGCCGGUAGCGGCGCGCAAUUACGGACCUUAUUCAUCAUCGCAGUGAUCAAAUAAAUAAAUGUAUUUUCCUCGUAAGUACUUUAUGCGUAGGUAAAAAAGACUUCUGUUGAUUUCUUCUGCACGCAAUGUCUUAUUUAAAUUUCAAACUACCUUAUACAUUUUAUCAAUUUCUAUUAAUUAUAAUUUUUCAACGUAAUUUAAUAAAUUUAAAUGUUUGUUGAUAAUUUUAAGGUUUUUAUAUAGUGAAAUAUAUUUUGUUAGAAUAUUU